AUGCAACGGCCAAAGCCGCUGCAUCCCUUACAUCUUAUCACCAUCUUUCGGGUCCCAGCGCAACUGCUCUGGGUCGGUCUUAAGAUCAACGAUCUUAUGCCGCCCCAAACUGCUCGUUUUUACACUCGUUUUCACUUCGCCCACGGGCUUGCACCCUCCGACUCGCACCCGCGCUAG